ACACACACACACCUAUCAUCCUCCUUCCAUUUAAGCAAGUGGCAGUAUCACAGUUCAAGAACCCAUUUAAGCCAAGCCAAGUUCUCAAGGAAGGUAUAGAGCAGCGUCAGUCAGAGAGUGGCCUGUGGAGGCCUUGAGGGGUGAUAGAGAGGUCUGGAGGACUGCAUUUGGCCCGUGAGCCUGAAGGUUCCCACCCUUCAACUAGAUAUAUAAAACCUUUCGUUAUGGACUCAUUGUGCUGGGAUUCUUUCUGGUGAUGAUUGGUAUGUUCAUUAUGAGUGUGGACAAGCCCCAGAUCUACAUCACCUUCUGUACGCUGGGGAGCUUAAUCAUAGCUGCAGGGAUCAUCUGGAGCAUGUGCCAGUGUUACCCAAAGAUUAGAGUUGUUUCUGUUGAUGCAGAGUCUGAGAAGUUCCUUGUAAAGAAGGCUGCUGCUUCAUCCGUUGAAAACGAGAUUCCUGAGAAGAAGAGUUUCCAGACAUCUUAUACCAGCCAGAAAGAAGCUGAUUUCUAUGAGAAAAGUCUGCCAUCUUAUGAACAGAUACAGAUGAAGGUGGCAAGUACGGAGUGCUUGGGUGUUCUGUCUGCCCCAGUCCCACCAGCCAGAGUGGGAGGAAGUAUCCAACCUGUUGUACAGGCCAGAGCAGAGGUCCACAGGGAUUCAGAGAGUGAUGGAGAUGCCUCUAAGGAUCCACCAUCCCAGGGGGAAGCCGCAAGUUUGUCCUGUCAGUCGGAAAGGUUUCAGAACCAGGCACCACUAGCUUCUUUUCAAGAGGAAGUGGACACAUCUUCUGUGGAAUCUACAUCCAACAGUCCAUUUCUACAGAAGUGGAAAGAUGUCUCAAAACCUAUGCCUCCAACAGAAAGUCAGCUCAGAUUCAAACUUCCUUCCUAUGAAGAUUUUGCCUUGAUUGAUUCCCUGAUGGUGGAAGGUCAAGGUCGAGGCAAUGAAAGAACAAUGGCACCAAACCAAACCCAUUGCCCUAUUCCUGCCACAGGAGGAGAUGGUGCAUUGGCCACAGUAGGACCUGGACCAUUGGAACACAGAGCUAUAGAGAAUGUGGAAGAGGAUGACAUGUAUUAUGGCAUAAAAGAGGGACCAGGAAAUUUCCUUUCAUCUGUUGGUGCUGUCUCUGAACCAAAAGACUAAGCAUUAAAAAUUUGGAAUGA